UGUCUCCAUUCUCAAUACUUUCCCACUCUGCCUACUAUCUACCUACAUACCCAUCGCUGCACUUGCUCCCCUCGUUGCAUCAAUCCCAUACCUAGCAUCCAAGAGUCUCAUUGCAGCUGUCAGAUCGCCCUUCUUCAACGCUCUUCCGCCGGGCGAUAAACGAUCUCCUGCAUAAUCGGCGAAACUCGUCUCACUUCUCUGAUCCUCACCCACUGGGUCGAACAUCUUGAAAGCACCGGCCUCGUCCAUUAACAAACAUCUUCGAGAAACCCAGCUUCCAUCAACAACUACAUCCUCUCAUCAAACCUUUCCUCUCUUAAAGAUGGCGGCUCCAGGAACCCAGUCCCUCAAGUGUGUUGUUACCGGUGAUGGUGCUGUUGGCAAGACAUGUCUUCUCAUCUCCUACACCACGAAUGCCUUCCCCGGCGAGUACAUCCCCACUGUCUUCGAUAACUACUCUGCCAGUGUGAUGGUUGAUGGCAAGCCAAUUAGCUUGGGUCUAUGGGAUACUGCUGGACAAGAGGAUUACGAUCGACUCCGACCACUCUCCUACCCCCAAACUGAUGUCUUCCUCAUCUGCUUCUCAAUCGUCUCUCCGCCAUCCUUCGACAAUGUCCGCGCAAAGUGGUUUCCUGAGAUCGAUCACCAUGCACCUUCCGUACCCAUUAUUCUCGUCGGCACGAAGCUUGAUUUGAGAGAGGACCCAGCUACACUUGAGAGCUUGAGGGCCAAGCGUAUGGAGCCAGUAUCGUAUGAUCAGGCAUUGAUUGUGGCCAAGGAGAUUCGUGCACACAAGUACUUGGAGUGCUCUGCACUGACACAACGAAACUUGAAGAGUGUCUUCGAUGAGGCUAUUAGAGCUGUCCUGAGCCCCAGACCCCAACCAACCAAGAAGAAGGGAUCGAAAUGUACCAUUCUAUAAAGAAUUUGCUUGUACAGAACGUCAAUCUAUAGGUCUGCAACUAGCAUGGUGGGCACAUCGAAUUAUACAUCGGUAGUGUUUUGAGAUGA